GUUGGUGUAUGCUCCUCGUAAUAUAUCAUCUUAUCUACAACCAGAAGAAGCUUAUACUGCUCCUACACAAGCUUUCUGCAGAUGAAGUGUUCGCUGCAGAAGCAGCUUUUCAACAUUGGAGACAAGCUCUUUAGUUGUCGACAAGACCGAUGGGUUUCAAUAGAACAAUUUCAUGUAACAGAUUCUCUUCUCUCAAACUCAAUAAACAUGUUUCAUAAUCCUAUAGGUUUUCCAGUAUUGUCUACAAGAAGGAGGAAAAACCAUUCGACAGUUUGUGCAACAAGGAGAAGAAGGGUGCAUUCGAACUCGGAGACGUACGUACUAUUAGAGGCAGGACAAGAUGAGCAGUUUGUGUCGGAAGACGAACUCAAGGCUAAGCUCAGAGGGUGGCUCGAGAAUUGGCCGGUGGAGUUUUUGCCACCAGACCUGGCUAGGUUCGAUGACCUUGAUGAUGCGGUCGAUUUCUUGGUUAAAGCUGUAUGUGAACUUGAAAUUCAUGGAGAAGUAGGUUCUGUUCAAUGGUACCAAGUUCGUCUUGAGUAAAUAAAUAAACGUAUCAUGUAUGUAUGUUUUAUCUUUUUAAGGUAAUAAGCACAUUUCCUUGAAUUAGUAGUUCUUUUGGUUCUUUAAUACAUAAUUGUUGUUGUUCUGGAUGUUAAA